AUGAUUGAGCCAUUCCAGACGACCUUUGCGGUCCCAAUGACCUGCGGCGGCUGCGUAAAGGACAUCUCCAGCUCCCUACACAAGGUCGAAGUGGUUCGCAACAUAGGCAUUAACAAGGUCGAGGCGAGUCUCAAAGACCAGCUUGUCUUCAUCGAAGGCACCGCGCCGCCGAGUUCCAUUGUAUCCGCGAUCCAGAGCACCGGCCGGGAUGCGAUCCUCCGCGGCAGCGGCACAACUAACAGCUCAGCUGUCUGCAUCCUCGAAACACACUCCCCCAGCGUCUCCAAUAAGAUCCGCGGCCUAGCCCGCAUGGUGCAAGUGUCUUCGACCAUGACCCUCGUCGAUCUAACGAUUAAUGGCCUCUCUCCGGGCCAGUACACCGCCACUGUGCGCGAAGCCGGCGACAUCUCGCAGGGCGCCGCGUCAACAGGCGGCAUCUGGGAUUCUUUGAAGGCGAAGGUGUUCGGCGGCGAUGCCAUUGCACCGCCGACAGGAAAGACGCCCCGCGGAAUCUUUGGGAGUGUCGAUGUCGACGAGAAGGGAAUGGGCAAUGUCUUCCUCGACCGGCCCGUGGCCAUCUGGGAGCUUAUUGGGCGGAGUAUGGUUGUCUCGAAGAGUACUGAGGGACCGUUUCGUCGCGAGGACGAGAAUACCCUCGUUGGAGUUAUUGCGCGCAGUGCGGGCGUGUGGGAUAAUGAUAAGAUGGUGUGCUCGUGUUCUGGGAAGAACGUUUGGCAGGAGAGACAGGAGCAGGUUGGGCAGGGGAUGGUUUAG